AAAGGCGGGUGGUUCGGGAACCUCUAGUUACGUAAUUUGUAAUGGGGAAGGAACAACAACAAAGAAGAAGUAAACAAAAAACAAAUUCGAAUGGAGAAGCCGUUAAAACCGUUAGCGGGAGCGGAGGGCCGGGAGCCAGGUAAAUCAAUCAUCCUAAGGGGCCCUUAUUGUCUGCCAGUGAGAUUGUGUUCCACGCUACUCAGAGGAAUAGCUUCCUUUCAAGUGGACAGCUCCUCAGGCCUGGCUGUCAAAACAAUUAUAGAAACUUUUGUCCAGCUUUCAAGCAACAAACAAAUGUAAGUUGAAAAUACCAGAAAGGCUGACUGGUAUUUAAACAAAGUCUAAACUAUGAAAAAAGGAUCUAAACAGAAAUCAUCCAAACAAAACCAGCAGACUGUUGCAACAACUACUUGUAAGAAAUUAUUCUUUAAAUUUUCCAAACAGAGGAAACACAACAGUCAAGGGGAUUUUGUGAAACUAUUUCCACUAGAAGUCAGCUUAAAGAUUUUUAGCAAACUUGACAUUCACAGCUUAUGCAAUGCUGCAGUAACUUGCAAGAGCUGGAACCAAACCAUUGAACAUUGUGAUGAUUUAUGGAAACACCACUGUUUAAAUAUAAGAGCUGUCUGUCAGCGAGAGGUUGAUGAUGACAGAGGAAAAGGGUAUUCAUGGAAGGUCACGCUUCAUAGAAACUACUGGAAAAGCAAAGUAAAGUAUGAAUGGCUGAGUGGAAAAUAUAGCAAUAUUCAGUCAUGGACUAAUUUACCAGAGAAAUGUAUGUAUCCUAUGGAUGUGGAUACCUGGGGAGAAAUCUUGGAAGCUGAACUGGAAAGAGUUUUAUACAGAGGAAAUUAGAGAGGAGUUUGUGUGUGUCAAUGUGUGUAUGUGUGUGUGUGUGUGUGUGUGUGUGUGUGUGUGUGCGCGUGUGUGCCUGUCCACAUUUGUAUAUGUGUACAUUUUCUGUAGUUUGGUUUGUGGCUGCUUUAUUCAUGUUUAUUUAAUUGUACAUUUUCAGAACUGUAAAUAUUUUAAUUCUUUAUUACAUAAUUUGAAAUGCUAUAUGCAUAAAUGAUUCUUUGAUGCUUAUAAAAAGCACUUUAUAAAUAAUGACAAAUAUUUAUUUAGUUGGUGGCUUAGUCUACUAGUGGUCAUUUCAACUGAUUAGAACUGCUAUUCCCUUCAAUGCAAGUUAGAAGUCCAUUAAUGGAAAUGAUGGGAAUUGUAAUGUAAAACUUAUGGAGGAUAUAGGUUAUCUAUCCUUAAAGAAUAUUGACUUAGAAGAUCUUUGCUGAUCAGACAGUUUGAUUUAUCUUUGGUGAUUGAUCAAAAUAAAGAAUGGUUGACUAAUCUGAUUUAUCUGCUUAUAAACAUUUUGUUUCAAGAUUGCAAUUAAAGUUAUUGAUUUGAAAUUAAAAUC